AUGAACUCCAUCGACCCUUCAGUCCACCACACCUCCUCUCCAGCCGCCAGCUCUCUCCAACCCCAGCCCAAGGGCACCCAGGAGCCGCCGGAGAUGGCAGUCUACUGCGACAAUUUAAGCAUGUAUCACCACCAGCAGACCUUCCAGGGCGCACAGAGGCCGCCUGGAUACGGCUUCGGAGAUUACACAUCCUCCCCGAACCCAUACCUUUGGCUGAACAGGCCCGCUGUCAACUCCGCAUCCUUCAUGCCGCCUUCCUACGGGACACAGCGGCAGUUCCUCACCAACUCCCCCGGGUUCGGGGGUCCAGACCUGGGUUGGCUAUCCAUCGCCAGUCAGGAGGAGUUGCUAAAGCUGGUCCGUCCUCCGUACUCUUACUCUGCGCUCAUCGCCAUGGCGAUCCAGAACGUGCACGAGAAGAAGUUGACCCUGAGUCAGAUCUACCGGUAUAUCGCGGAUAACUUCCCGUUCUACAAGAAGAGCAAGGUGGGCUGGCAGAACUCUAUCCGACAUAAUCUGUCACUCAACGACUGUUUUAAAAAGGUCCCCCGCGACGAGGAUGACCCAGGUAAAGGGAACUACUGGACGUUGGAUCCUAACUGUGAGAAGAUGUUUGACAACGGGAACUUCAGGAGGAAGAGGAAACGUCGCUCCGACUCCACUAACAGCACCAAGACAGAGGACGGCCGAGCAGCCCCGCCCAAGACCAUGGACAGCCCCCAGCUCCUAGGCCCCGCCUCCCCAGACAUGGAGGUGGUCAGUGAGGGUCAUAAGAGCUCCUCCCCCUCGGGCCUUGCGUCCGGUGGCACUCCGUGUUUUAAUAACUUCUUCAGCAGUAUGGCUGGGCUGGGCUCUGGGUCCCUAGGUGCCUCUGGCCCCCCCAGCAGACAGACUGGCUCUCUGGGGCUGGUCAACGAGCUGACCAAUAGGAACAUUACAGCCCUCCAUAGCAGCCCAUACCACAACCAUACCACCCACACCACAGGCCCAGGCCCAGGCCAGGACAGUCACAGCCCGGGGGUCUCAGAAACGGGCCAUGAGGUCCACGGUCACCCAGCAGACAGCCUGUCUCACUUCAACAGAGGAGUGUACUGCAACACCUUCAGCGGAGGGGGGCAGGAAGGACAGUUCAACAGCCACUUCUACAACACCUUCAGCGGAGGGGGGCAGACAGGACAGUUCAACAGCCACUUCUACAACAGCUUCAGCGUCAACGGUCUAAUAUACCCCAGAGAGGGCACGGACGUGUAG